CCGACUGAGAGACAGGCAGACGGAAGUCACUUAUUUACAUAGACUAGUAUAUGCUGGAAAACACAAAUCACCAGAUGAACUACUCGUCAUAUUUAGAAACACUAUCAAAGUAGUCAAUGACGAAUAUUGUAGAGAAAAACUCACUGGAUUUUUAUUGAUUUAUAACACAUCGUUUGUCCACGUCGUAGAGGGAUCUGAAGACGCGAUAGGCAAGCAUUUAGGCAUUUUGCUGGAAACGCCAGAAUAUUCUGAAUGUAUUAGAGAAAUGAAGCUGCUGGUACAGAUUUCAAAUGUGCUCAAGAGACUCUGUCCAGAAUGGAUGAUUUACAACGGAACUCCUCCUGAGCUAAUCAGCACACUGUUAGACAAAAGUGCUAGUGUGGAGGAUACAGCUCAUGCUUUGUAUAAAUGUUUGAGACAAACUUAUGAAACAGUGAAGAUGUUCGUUGCAAAUAAUUAUGAUGAUACUCUGUCAAAAGUUUCGUUUGAACACAAUAGCAAAAAGAAAAUGUCACAUAGUGUUAGCUUAUUCCCUCACUCCAAAGAUGAUACAUCACUACCAGACCAGGCUAAUGCUAUAGAUCAACAUCUACCUGAAAUGGAACUAAUCGAAGCUUUAAUCGAGUCGCCCUAUACUCAAACAAUAGAAAGCUACUACGACCUAUUCUUAGAUGUGCCUCAAAGCGUAGUGGAUAACGAUAAGGUGUGGCCAAUACCUUGCGACUGCGUCCCAUACGCUAUUUUCUCUUCAAUAUACGACAAUGUUACUGAAUUGACUGGACGACAGGUCGACUCGAAACAAAAAUCACAAGAGGAACUUUCAGAAGAAACUGAUAAAGAUCAUUCCGCGCGAUGAACAAAGAUGAGAAGGAUUAUAGAAGUUGAAUGCCCCGUAUCCCAUAAUUUUACCAAAAUGUAUUUUCAAAUUGUAGAUAGUCAAGAAUAUGUGUGGUGUUUCAGUUAUUGUAUACCAGAGGAAGAACGUAGGAAAAAUGUUAUUUCUGCUAUAGGAGAAAGUUUUUAAUAGGCGCCUCGUAUAAACCAUGAUUAUCUGAAUAAUGUGUUGCCUAAACUAAGCAGCCAUAUGUACU